AUGGCCCCACAGCAAACAGGUAGCAGGAAGAGGAAAGCGUCCGCGCUUGAGGCUGGAGCGGGGAGCUCGUCGUCCCAGGGCUUAAUGUCGGCGGGGCACGGAGAGGGGCCGCUGCUGCCCAAGAAGCAGAAGCGGCCAGCCACACUUCGAUCGCUGGUGCACUACCUAAAGGGCCGCACGGUGGGCGCGUGGGGUCGCGCCUGGCUCCCGGGCUUCGAGGGCAAGCUACGUGACUACGCGGUGCAGAGGCUUCCCGAGCUGCUGACUGAGCGCCUGCUGGCCCUGGGAACCCUCAACAAGGUUUUCGCUUCUCAGUGGCUGAACGCCACGCAGGUGGUGUGUGGCACCAAGUGUAACACUCUCUUUGUGGUGGACGUGCAGUCGGGCCAAAUCAAUCGCAUCCCCCUGAUGCGGGACCGGAUGCCUGCCCUGACUCGGGAUCAGCCAACCUGCGGCAUCCAUGCCAUUGAAUUAAAUCCCUCCAAGACACUUCUGGCCACCGGGGGCGAAAAUCCCAACAGCCUGGCUGUCUACCAGCUGCCCACCUUGGACCCCGUUUGCCUGGGUGACCGCCAUGGGCACAGGGAUUGGAUCUUUGCCAUUGCCUGGAUGAGUGACACCGUGGCCGUGAGUGGCUCCCGUGAUGGCACCAUGGCACUGUGGCGCGUGGACCCUGACAAGUUUAUUGGCAGCAGUCCCUGGCACAACGAUGCCUCUCUUCCCUUGUACACCCACAUCCAUCCAAAGGACAUAGAGUCCAUCCCCAGGGCCAGCAGCAACCCCAGUAACCGCAAAGUGCGAGCCCUGGCCUUCAGCGGCAAGAACCAGGAACUGGGAGCAGUGUCCCUGGAUGGCUAUUUCCACCUGUGGAAAGCACGAAGCCACCUAUCCAGGCUGCUGUCUAUCAGGCUACCCUACUGCCGAGAAAACGUGUGCCUGACCUACUGUGAUGAAUUGUCCCUGUACGCGGUGGGCUCCCAGUCUCACGUCUCCUUCCUGGAUCCCCGCCAUCGCCAGCAGAACAUUCGGCCCUUGUGCUCCAGAGAGGGCGGCACAGGUGUGCGCUCCUUGAGCUUCUACCAGCACAUAGUCACUGUGGGCACAGGCCAUGGCUCCCUACUCUUCUAUGACAUCCGUGCCCAGAAGUUCCUGGAAGAGAGGGCCUCAGCCAGCCUGGACUCUUUUCUGGGACCCACAGGGAAGAAGCUCAAACUCACCUGUGGCAGAGGCUGGCUCAACCAUGAUGAACUCUGGGUGAAUUACUUUGGUGGUGUGGAGGAGUUCCCCAAUGCCCUCUACACUCACUGCUACAACUGGCCUGAGAUGAAGCUUUUUGUAGCUGGGGGACCUCUCCCUUCAGGCCUCCAUGGGCACUAUGCAGGCCUCUGGAGUUAA